AUGGGUGGCCCCAACCUCGAAGUGUUCAAGACCUUCCAGUUCGGGAUGUACAUUCUCUUCCCAAUCAGCAUCAUGUACUACUUCGGCACGAACCUCGACGGCAAAUUCACCGUUCCCGAUUUCUGGCCCAAGCCAGGCCAAACACACAAGAUCCCGUACGACAGAGACGAGAUUGCAAAGGAAUUGGAGAGGUUGAAGCAGAGGAAUCUCGAGAACAAGAGGAGGAGGGAGGAGCAAGAGAGGUUGAGGGAACUGGGCACCGGCAGGGAGGAGUAG